UGAGUCGCUGGGAAACUGAGGUUCUGCGCCCGUCAGUAGAAACGCUGGUUAUGUCUGUGUCAUUACGCUAUAUCCAGUUUCAUCCGAGGAGAUAAUAAUGAAGACGCUGCCUUCGCGCUGCUGGUGAUCGCAGCCGGAUACCGGAAAGGAGCUCUUUAUUCUGGGCUGUAACGCAGAUUUUUUUUUCUUUCGGCUCAUAUGAAGCUCAAAUCUGAAUUUGCUCAAUUUCAAGGACGCACACUUGAUCCAGCGAUUUUUCUUCGGCGAAAGAUUUGCGUUUGAAAAACGGGCUUAGGAAACCAUACUAUUCCGUGUCGGUGCAGUAAAAGACAAUCUGAAGGAAAUACCAUGACAUAUGCUGCACCCAAUAAUUAGACGCAGGCUUUUGUUAUUUGCGGUUGGCGUAGGUCUUCCAUGAGGAUGUGAUCGAACAGGGAUAACUGGAUUCUCGCUCCGCUGCCAUCCAACAGAGCCGCUCACGAUGCCCAGGGCAUUACGGAGGCUGGUCCAUUUGGUGCUGUUCUGCCCUCUGUCUAAAGGCCUGCAGAGCCGUCUCCCAGCCAUUAAAGUGAAGUACCUUCUCCUGGCAUGGCUGGGCAUCCUCAUCGCCAGCUGGGUCAUCUACAUGCAGUAUGCCUCUUACUCUGAACUCUGCCGUGGGCAUGUCUGCCAUAUGGUCAUUUGUGAUCACUACAGAAGAGGCAUAAUAUCAGGCUCAUCCUGCAAGGCAUUGUGUGAUCAGAGAAGUCUAACCCUGCAGCGCUGCAUGUCCACUUCCUCUACACAUCAGGUGUACAGUGGACUGUGGAAGGAGAGACCCGUUGUGAUCAAGUGUGGUAUUGAGGAUCCAGUCAAGACUGACGGAGCUCCAGACUCUGUACUGCGACAGGAGAUGAGCUUAUUUGACAAACCCACUCGUGGAACCUCUAUGGAUGAAUUUAAAGAGAUGCUGCACAGUUUCCUUAAGGCUAAGCUUGGUGAGCAGCCAUCUUUGAACACCUUGGUGGACAGGGUCAUCACUCUGGCUGAUAUCAAUCAGGACGGCAAAGUGUCUCUAGCAGAGGCCAAGUCUAUCUGGGCUCUUCUCCAGAUCAAUGAAUUCCUUCUGAUGGUGGCGCUGCAGGAGAAGGAGCACACGCCCAAGCUGCUCGGCUUCUGUGGAGACUUGUAUGUGACAGAACGUGUGAGCCACAGCUCUCUCUACAGGAUAGAGGUGCCUCAUUACCUGCAGGCCCUGGUCCCAGAGGCCUUGAGCUCCAGCUUGAACCACUGGCUUGCACCAGCCUGGCCCCGCAGAGCUCGCAUCACCAUCGGCCUGCUAGAGUUUGUGGAAGAGGUCUUCCACGGGUCCUACGGGAGUUUCUUAAUAUGCGAUGCCAGUCCCUACCAUGUGGGCUACAAUUCAAAGUAUGACUGUAAGAUGGCCAACCUGCGCAGUGUGGCAUCUGAGGCUGUUGUCCGGGGAUAUUUGAGGGGGCGACGAUGUGAGACUAACGCAGACUGUACUUACGGCCGGGACUGCACGGCCACCUGUGAUCGACUAGUGAAGCAGUGUAAUACUGAGGUUGUACAGCCCAAUCUUGCAAAAGUGUGCGUGCUGUUGCAGGAUUUUCUGCUUUUUGGAGCACCUUCAGACCUCCGUGGAGAUUUAGAAAAGCAGCUACGCACCUGUGUGACACUCAGCGGUCUGGCAAGCCAGAUGGAGGUGCAUCACUCACUAGUCCUUAACAACCUGAAGACAUUAUUGUGGAAGAAAAUUUCCAACACUCAGUACUCUUGAAAACUGUACUUCUACAUAUUGAGUGAACUAUUACAUGGACACAAGUAUUUUUCUCUUAUGAAACUUUGCCAAAUGUUUUAGAGGGUGGUGGUUAUUACUGUAUUUUCACUCUUCAUUGACUGUGAAUAACAGGAAGCUGUGAACUAAUGACUAUACAAUAUGAACAGCAGAUGAAGCUGGCUUACUCUCUUAAAAUCCCAUACAAGCCCUGUUAUGCUUUUGUUUUCCAGUGCAUUUUGAGAAGCACAGUCAUCUGUUUAGACAUCUCAGGGCACGGCCUAUAAUUUUUAUUUGGAAACUUCUGUACAUAAAUAAUCAGUUUUUAAAAUAAAGCAACCAACACACUGGAUAAUUUUGUGUUUCAUAGAUUACUCUUUUGUCUGUCCCUAUGAUGUGAAACUGUGACAGGGUGUAAUGCUUUUUGUAGAACUGUAAAUAUUAGUGGAACAUUGUUGUUUCCUGUUUAUAAAUGAAUCUACACCUGAAGCAGAGGUAAGAUACAGUAAUGUAUUGAAAUGAUCUGAUAUUGAUGAUGUAUUCAAAUCGAACUGAACAGCUGGAGAUGUAAAGGAC